CGGGGCUGGUGACGCGGCGGCUGAGGGAGCGCCGCGGUCUGUCAGCAGCUCGCCUGUCAGCGCGGCCGGGCCCGAGGGCCGCUGUGGGGACCCGAACCAGCGGGUAGCGGACUCCCUGGGGGGAGCCCUGGCUGGCCUGCCUCGGCGGGCCCGGUGUGAGCACGUCACUCCCAGCUCCACUCCUUGCGCCCGCUCGCUGGGCGCCGUCCAGGGAAAGCGGCGCCUCGGGGGCGGGGCCCGGAGCCGGGGAAGAAGUGCUCGCCGAGGCGUUAGCGGCUGGCGGGGAAAGGGGCUGCUUGGUGGCCUGGCCAGGGCCGCAAGCGGACUCGCCCAGAGCUUCCCCGGGCCCGCCGAGCUUUCUAAGGCGCCUUGAAACGGGCUGUCCCUCUGGUGAAGGUGGGUGCCGAGCUGCGUGCUGGAACUGGGAGGUAGCUGGAGGAUGCUCCCACGGUCCUGUUCCUCUCUCCUCCUGUAUCCCGAUCUUUUCCUGUAGCAAUAAAAGAGCACCUCUUGGUUAGUAGUCUUCUGCGGUAUUGUUUUCAUUGCUGCAGACAGCAUGGUGCUUUUUACUACUCUCUUAUCUAUGUUCACUUUUUCCUCAGCAACACACAUGGUCGCCCAGUUUGUUCUUCCCAGUGCUCUCUAUUGCUUCUCCAGCUUCGGCUCAUCAGUUGCACCAUUUUCUCACUCUUUCCUCUUGUCUAUUUAACAGGGGUUUUCGCUUAAUUAAAGCUUGUAGUAGAUAAAGCAGAGGUAUAUAAAUUUAAUUUUUAAAUACUGUUUUGAAAGUGAUAUGAAAAAGUCGAGAAUUGAGCUAGCCCUACACUCAUCAUUGUUGCCUUCUUUUGUUGCACUGUACAUGAUCAUGCUCUCAGUUUCAACUCUGGUUUUCUCUGGCUGCUGCCAAAUACGUGGAUCAGCAAGUGCCUCUUGUGUUAUACUGUGUGGGUUUCCUUAUAAACAUUUCAGUGAUGCUUUUACUUUAAAAUCAUUACAAGACCUGAGUGGAUACUUUGCUAGUAACCUGUCAGUCAUCAGUUGAUAUCUCUGGAACAUCCUAAGCUGUAUGAAAAGUAUUGCAGAGAAAGAAAACAUGACAACUGUUGCUGUUAGAAAGAAAGAAGUCACUAGAGAUCUAGAUCAUUGUGAUAUCCCGUACUAUGUUUCUGAAUUUGUGGAAAGAGAAGUCGGAAAUGACUAUGGUUCUCUGAGGAAGCUAGACAACCUUGUUGAUAAGCUAUCUGAAAAUAAAAAGCAGUUAGAAGAACAGGUACUUACAGUUUCAUCAGAAGUCCCUAAAAGAAUUCAGAAUGCCCUAAAGAAUGCAGAAGAUUCUAAAAAGUCUCUGAGUCGGCUUCUAGAGGAAGAAACUCUUCUAUCUGAUUCAAUCAAUAGCCACUUACUGAAAGCUCAGCCAUGGAUGGAGGAUCUUGAUGUACUGAUUAAUCAAGUAGAAGAGAUUGAACGACACCUGGCCUAUCUUAAAUGGAUUUCACGAAUAGAAGAGUUAAGUGAUAGCAUUCAGCAAUAUCUGAUGACCAACAAUGUUACAGAGGCAGCCAGUACUCUAGCAUUCAUGGCAGAACUGGAUAUUAAACUUCAGGAGUCAUCUUGUUCUCAUCUUCUUGCUUUUGUGAGAUCCACUGUUAAAUUCUGGCAUAAAAUUCUUAAGGACAAAUUGUCGAGUGACUUUGAAGAGGUACUAACCCAGCUCCGCUGGCCAUUUGUGGGGCCACCGCAGUCUCAGGCGUUUGGCCUUGCGGUACCAGCCAGUGCUCCUGAUGUAUACAACAAUUUGGAGAUGUUGUUUUGUCAGCUUCUGAAGUUGCAAACCUCAGAUGAACUGUUAACCAAACCUAAGCAAUUGCCAGAAAAGUACUCUUUACCCCCAUCGCCACCUAUUAUCCUUCCGAUACAGAUCAUGCUGAAUCCUCUUCAGAAAAGAUUCAAGUAUCAUUUCACUGGAAAUAAACAAACCAAUGUUUUAAACAAGCCUGAGUGGUAUUUAACACAAGUACUUAUGUGGAUUGGAAAUCACGCAAAGUUCCUUGAUGACAAAAUCCAGCCAAUACUGGACAAGGCAGGAUCUUCAGUGAAUGCUGGUCUUGAAUUCUCUCGUGCUCUAGUAAUGCUGAUUUUGGAGAAGCUGGCUGCUGAUAUUCCGUGCCUGUUGUAUGAUGAUGCGCUCUUUUGUCACCUUGUGGAUGAGGUACUUCUGUUUGAGAGAGAGUUAUACAGCGUUCAUGGUUACCUCAGCAGCUUUCCCAGUUGCAUGCACAUUCUCUCAGAAGAAUCCUGCUUCCAGAGGUGGCUAACGGUGGAAAAAAAAUUUGCUCUUCAGAAAAUGGACUCUAUGCUUUCAUCAGAGGCUGCGUGGGUAUCGCAAUACAAAGAUAUCACUGAUGUAGAUGAAAUGAAAGUCCCAGACUGCGCUGAAACUUUUAUGACUCUGUUGUUAGUUAUAACAGACAGAUAUAAGAAUCUUCCAACAGCUUCCAGAAAACUACAGUUCCUGGGCCUACAGAAGGAGUUAGUUGAUGAUUUCCGGAUACGGUUAACUCAAGUAAUGAAAGAAGAGACUAGAGCUUCCUUAGGAUUCCGAUACUGUGCAAUCCUUAAUGCUGUUAACUAUAUAGCAACAGUGUUGGCAGACUGGGCUGACAAUGUAUUCUUCUUGCAGCUACAGCAGGCCGAGCUGGAGGUUUGUGCAGAAAGUAACACCGUCAGUAAACUCCAGCUAGGGCAGCUGGCCUCCAUGGAGAGCUCUGUCUUUGAUGAGAUGAUUAACCUCCUGGAACGCCUGAAACAUGACAUGCUGACUCGUCAAGUGGAUCAUGUCUUCAGAGAGGUCAAAGAUGCUGCAAAGCUGUACAAAAAAGAGAGGUGGUUAUCUUUACCAUCUCAAGCAGAGCAAGCAGUAAUGUCUUUAUCGAGCACAGCUUGCCCAAUGUUGUUGACCCUACGAGACCGCUUGCUACAAUUGGAACAGCAGCUGUGUCACUCGCUGUUCAAAAUUUUCUGGCAAAUGCUUGCCGAGAAAGUGGAUUUAUACAUAUAUCAGGAAAUAAUUAUGGCAAAUCAUUUCAAUGAAGGAGGAGCAGCACAACUCCAGUUUGACAUGAGUAGAAAUCUGUUCCCUUUGUUUUCACACUACUGCAAGAGGCCAGAAAACUACUUCAAGCACAUAAAAGAAGCCUGCAUUAUCCUGAACCUGAAUGUUGGUUCUGCCUUGCUUCUGAAGGAUGUACUACAGUCGGCUUCGGAAAAUGAACCAACGUUAAAUCCAAACCAGCCAUCUGCAACAGCAGCACUAAAUGAACUUGGCGUUUACAAAUUAGCUCAAAAGGAUGUUGAGAUUCUUCUCAAUUUGAGAGCUAGUUGGCCAAAUACAGGAAAAUAAAGACUUCAGAAAUGGUGCAUAACAUGGUCUAGAUUACUCAUUUCAAACAAAAGUGAAGCUAAUAUGUUGCAAUAUACUUAGGUUAAUUUUUUUCAGUACUGUAUGCUGGACAAUUGCUUUAAUCUAAUCUUAUGCCUUAUUGUAUACAGUUCCAAAAAAAUUCCAAAAUGCUCCCGACUUGGUUUUGAACUGCACGGAUCUUAUUUUCCACGGCCACUUUGACGUUGCAUUUAGAAGCUAAAACUUUCUUCAUCUCUAAUGAGUAUGUCUGCCUUGUCAGUGCUGUGUGCUGUAACAUCAUUCUAAGCAAUAUUUACAGUGGAAACGCACCUUUGUACAAUAUGGACAACUCUUCCUUAUGCACUGGUCCACCUUCACUUAAACACAUGUUUUACAUCUCUAACUCACAGGCAAUGGAUGUUGUGUAUUAAAAUGUGUAUAUGCAGAACACAGAAGGAGGGAAUGAAUGAGUAUGAAGGAGUAUG